CUGCAAUCAGGAUCAGACAGCGCGCUCUUGUGAAGAAUUCCAGCGAAGUGAUUGAGUUUCUAAAGUACUUGGUAAUGCGCAAUCUAAUCUGCUCGUCAGACCGUGCGGUUCUGAGGCUUCUGGCCCACUUUUGUUAGCCACGUUGGCUUUUGGUGCACGAGGAAACGAAUUGAAGUGAGUCUGCAGGGCUUUCUACGCUUACACAUUCUGGUCAGGAAGGCGUGCAUUUUGGGUAAGGUCAAUCGGAGCAGAGAGAGUGGGCCCUUUCAAUUGCAUGCGCAUAUUAGAUAACUUCGAAGUGGCACAACUUUAGAUUAGCUGGUCAUUAUUAACUUUCAUUGGAACUUCUUGCAUUGCGAGUCUGUAAGGAUCAUGGCUCCCCGCCGCCAAUCCAAGCGGGGCAAAGAGCAUGCGGAUCUUGCCGUUGACACGAGCACGACAACAAGAAGCAAGCGGAUAAAAGCAGAGUCUGAUCCCCUAUCUGGGGAUCAACCUACUGACCAAAAGGCAGGCAAUGAACAGACGGUGGGCAUUUCGCCACCUGGCGGUGCAGUGCGAACGACCAGGAGCUUGAGGGGUGUGAAGAGUCAGCUGCAAACGCCGGACAAUUCCAAGGUGUCUGAAAGUGAGUCUGGGCCUGUGUCCAACUCUGAGCCUUUGUCCGAAAUAUCGAAGUCGAAAAGUGGGUCCAAGGUGCCUGAAUCUGAGACUGUUUCUGAGGAGCCAGAGAAUGAGCGGACGAAGAACGAGAAUGGGGAGGAGUUGACAGAGUACGAGAGGGCGCGCAGAGAAACAAUGGCGAAGAACGAGGCCAUGCUGAUGUCACUGGGAGUGACAGAGGCUGCGGAAGGGCUGGGGGCGUCAAUCCAAGCCAAAAGGUCAAGGGCGGCCGCCAAAGGGUUGCAGACGGUGCGAGCAAAGAAAGAGAAGAAGGAACCGGUGGAAGUCCGGAGGUCGUCUAGAAUCCAGCACAUUGCGCCCGAGUCUCUCGGCAUCGAGCGCGAGAACCGCGACGGCUCCGUCGUGCUUCACGGGCAGGAGGCCCCGUUCCGGCGGCCGGCGGCAGCGACGCCAGCCCCGUGGGAGGAGAAGCGGCGGAUACAGGGCCCCAUCAAAUUCGAAAGCAGUAACACGGACGAUCCGGCGUCGGACGCUGCGUUCUUGGACGUUUUGAAGCGGUUGAGGGACGACCAACCGCUGAGGAAGAGAGCGGCGGAAGCCCCAUCCGUGGAUCCGACAAAGCUGACGCUGCGCGAGAGUGACGUGGCACGAGUGGUGAAAGAUCGCAUAUUUGCUGUGGCCUUUUUUCCCACGACCGAGAAAGUGAUCGUUGCGGCGGGGGAUAAGAGCGGGGGGCUCGGGAUCUGGGACGUUGACGCGAAAGACACGAACGACGGCGUCCACGUGUUCAACGUGGGGCCAAAACCCAUUUCGGCGCUCGCCGUGUCGAACCGCGACUGCACCAAGCUCUACUCGUGCAGCUUCGACGGCUCCCUCCGCGUUCUCGACGUCGAAAAGGGCGUUUUCGACGAGGCGUACGUAGACGAAGAGUCGGAUUUCAGCGCGAUGAGUCUCGGGCCAGUGGACGGCGGCCACGUGGCGUACGUAGGGGACGGACUGGGCGCGCUCACGGUCGUCGAUCUGAGGGCAUCGACGGCCCAGGUGACGUACCAGAUGCACGGGCGGAAGAUCAACACCAUUGACUUUAACCCACACCGCAGCCACAUCUUCGUCACGGGCGGAACGGACGCGAUGGCCCACAUUUGGGACGUCCGAAAACUUCCCGAGAGCGGGACGAAGAAAGUGAUCCACCCGUUGGCCAGUCUGCCGCACGUGAAGGCGGUCAACUCCAUCUACUUCUCCCCGGACGGAGACAAACUCGCUUCGACCAGUUACGAUAACUACAUCCGCAUCUACGACGGCAUGCUCGACUCUCUCGAACAUGUCGUCUCCAAAGUUACGCCGCCACAGCCGUUGUUGAUCAGCCACUACAACAACACGGGCCGUUGGAUCUCGUCCUUCCGGGCCGUGUGGACCUGGGAUAACCGGCACGUGGCAGUUGGGAGCAUGAACCGGGCAAUCGACAUCGUCAACGUCGAAAGCAAGCACUUGAAGAGGCUGGCUAGCGAGCAAAUGCCCACAAUCCCUGCCCGGAAUGCGGUUCAUCCGUUGAUGCCAAUCAUAGCGGGGGGGGUCUCGGGGGGCAAGAUACAUAUCUGGAGAUGACAAUAUUUGCCGCUGUUAAAAUACGAAAGAAUUGUGCAGGUGUACGAAAGCGUAAAUAUUCUUGCGCACAACCUGCGAAUUAAUUACAGUACAAGCUUACUUGCGAGUUCUUAUUAGCUUGAGGCGAGGGGGUUGCGGGCAUUGGGUCCCUUCUC